AUGAAUGUAGAAACAGUGACCUCUUCCAGCUUCAUCUUUGUGAAUGACCUGAAGACCUGGAGCGAGGCUCAGAGCUACUGCAGGGAGCACUACACUGACCUGGCCAGUGUGAGGAACAGAACUGAGAAUGCCCAGAUAAACAAGCUGGCCCAGUACAAACCCAUAUGGAUCGGCCUCUACAGAGACUCCUGGAAGUGCGAGGCUCAGAGCUACUGCAGGGAGCACUACACUGACCUGGCCAGUGUGAGGAACAGAACUGAGAAUGCCCAGAUAAACAAGCUGGCCCAGUACAAACCCAUAUGGAUCGGCCUCUACAGAGACUCCUGGAAGUGGUCAGAUGGGAGCCCCACUUCAUGGAUGGUGCCAUUUAUACCACCUGGCAACAUCAAUAAUCCCUGUGUGUGUUUACAUGCAGGGCAGUGGGUGAACCAGCGAUGUGAUGCCACAUUUUACUUUAUCUGUGAAAUAGUGGAAGUGACGCAGCAGUUGGUGAGGGUGAAAAUAACUAACACAGGUUCCUCUGUGAACCUGGAGGAUGCAGCAGAAGCCAUGUUGCAGCAGUUCCGUCAGACACUGAAGGAGCGCGGCCUGAGUGAUAACAUGAAGCUGACAUGGAGGAAGCAGCCUGAUGGAAAGAUCUUCCACUUGGAAGAAAAAGAGGAGAAGAAGAAGGAGAACCAGGAGAUCAGCUGCAACCUGAACUGAUUUCUUUCCUUUUCUUUUUUUGGUCAGUUUUGUGUGGAGUUUUCAGUGAAUUGAGAGAUAUAACGCGUCGCAUUGACUUUAUUCGCUACUCUAGACACUUCUCUUAAUUAUUACAUUGAAGUUUAAUCACAUUUCUGCAUAGAUAGUAUCAGGGCUAAAAUUGUGGUUUGUGCCCUUAGCUUAUCUGCAUAUUUUAAUAAUUUGCGACUAAUUAAUUAUGUAUGUGAAAUCUGACUUAUUGCAAAGACAAAAUGAAUGUAAUCAGGGCUUGACAUUAACUGUUUUGCUCACUAGCCAAUGUGCUUUUCCAAAGUUACGAGCCACAUAGCUUUUUCUCUAGCCACAAUUUGUGGUUGGAAAAUUACGUUUUAUAUAAUUAAAGUAGGCUAUGGCGUGCUAAAAUUAGCCUGCUAGUGUGCAUUAGCUCUGAUUAGGUUGUGUGUAAAGCUCCUUUUUUAUGAAAACAUGUAUUCUAUUAAGAAAAGAGUAGCUUCUUAUUGCAUAUAAAAGUGCUGCAUGGGUGUAAAAGGUGAAUUGAAAGAUAAAAACUAAUUAAAUUGAAAAUGAUCUGCAUUGGAAACAAGAGCAAAGAAUAACAAAUUAUUUGUGUCUAAGAAAAAAUCCACUAUAAAGGCAACAGGAUUAAAACUGUAUGUAGGCCUGUGUGAUUUUGGCCUACAUAAAGUUUUUGUGGAUAGUUUGUUUUGCAUCUGCAUUUCCUCAGAGCUCUGACUGGAUUUAUGUUUAUCAUCAUGAAGCUCUGGUAGCUCUUAGUAACUGGAGAUAUGUCCAUCUAAAAUCCCUUAGGAGCAAAGAUGAGAUAGGGAGAGAUUGAGGUUUUGAGACUUAGGUAAGACAAAUGUUCCUAUAAAGCAGUUAGGAGCACUGGGGUAGAUGUUAGUGAGCUUGAUUGUAUUGCAUUACAACCUAUGCUUUGGAGAUCCUUACUGGAGGCUUGCCCUGAGCUGGAUUUGAACCCUGGUCCUGCUGUUUAAACAGCGACUACACUGCCACUGCACCUUCCCGCUAAGAUCAACAGUGAAGAACUGAUUGUCUUGAAAUAUAGUACAAUUUUCCUUUACACAAAAGAGGAGAAAUACCAUAUUCACAAUUAAAGUUAUCAAAAUUCUACUUCGGUAGAGUUAGAGGUUAUUCCAUAAUGAAUGUUCUUAAGUAUCAAAAGUAAAAGUGCUCAUUCUGUCAUUCAAGUGCUGUAUGACAUUGUUGCAUCUCAGUUCUUCAUUCAGUCCUUAAUGAUUUAUGGGAUGUCAAAGAUGUCAAAGUGGUGGGUGUGCCAGUUAUGCUGGCUGUAACUAAACAAAUUGGAAAACAUGAAAUUUGAAAGUGCAUAAUUUUCAGUGACAAAAUAUAUUUUAUCAUUUUUCUCAGUAACGUGUAAAAGAUAAUCAUCAAUAAUUAAAACAAGGAUUUGAAAUUAAGGGGAGUAAAAGUACAACCCCCCCUAAAAAAAAAUACUCAAGUGCAAGUACCUCAACAUUUGUUUGAAGUAAAGUACAUGAGUAAAAUAACUUUAUUAUCCACCCCUAAGUGGGGUCACUAAGACAAAACUGACACAUAUAUUGGAGCUUUUUUUAUGAUCCACAUUCCGGAGGCUUAUUUAACAUCAUUUAGAGAUCUCGUCUUUCACAGUAAGACUAUGACUUGUUAUUUAUUUUUUGAG